GCGCUAGUCUUACUUUUAUUAUUGUUAUUCGCAUGUUAGUAAACAGGGUAGCAUCGCCGUGUUUCAUUUACAUUAAUUUAUUGUAACUGGACAACAUCGCACCCCGAGUUGACAGUUGUAACAUUUCUUGAGACUGAAUACUUUAAAAGGAAUUAAUUAAAGGUGAUGGAGCUGUCUCAAAGGGACCGGUUGUCGGAGCUGGUGGAGGAACUGACAACAUCAGGACAGCCACAACUCAACCAGGACAAAAUGAAGGAGGUCAAGAGAAUCUGCAAGCUGUCUAAUGACUGCAUAGAACAUGUGUACCACACUGUGAUGUCCCAGCUAAACCAAGAGCAUGCUGAGAUCCGACUGUCUGCCUUCCAGAUAGCAAGUGAGCUCUUCUCUCGGUCACACCACUUUAGGAUGUUGCUGGUGGACAACUUCCAGGAGUUCUUGGAGUUGACCGUCGAGACAAAUACAGAGCAGCCCCUCCCUCCUCCAAAAGAAGUAGCCAGGAAACUGAGGUCACUGGCCAUCCAGACUGUCCAUUCGUGGCAAGCCUCUUAUGGCUCUGCUUAUAAGAAGUUGGCACUGGGCUUUCACUUUCUCAAACAAGUUAAGAAGGUGGACUUUUUGGAUGCCGAGGCAAGGACAGUAACAGAGAGGAGGAGGGAUGAGGAGAGGCAGAAAAAAAUGGAGAGGAUCUACAAGGAGAGAGUGGAAGCAGCAGUCAAACACAUGGAUGAGUCAUAUGAAGAAAUUGAGGCAACACUGACCGAGAUGGAAUCCUGUAUGAGGCUGCUCUUCCCUGGGUUUGACCUCCCAGAUAUCCAGACAGUCAAUACGUGUCCAUUCGAUGAGGACCAACCCUGCUGCAGUAAAGACCUAGAGGACGAUAGAAGAGGAGUUAAGAUACAAACAAAGGAGGAGGGCAUGGUAGAAAAGAAAAGCACUGUGAAUCAAAAGAAAGGAGACAAAGGAAUAACAGAGAAUCAUAAGAACAACAAGGAGAAGAGCAAAGUAAAGGGAAAGAGCAAAGAGAAAACAUCUGAAAGCAAGGAGAAGGAGUUUGAAGUUAGGCAAGAGAAGAAGGGAGAGAUGGAGAGAGUGCAGGAGGAGGGAGAGCAUGGAGAAGAUGACGAGGAAGAAGAAGAGGAAAGUAGUGACGAAGAGGAGGGGCCUGUUGAUGAAGACUUGUUUUGCAGGAGUUCUGGCCUCAUCUCUUACUCCUACAGUCUGGACCUGAACAUCAGUCCUGGUCUAUACGUUAAAGAGACAGAGGAUAAUGAGCCGGUGGUUUCCACUGUGAUUGAUCUUCACAGACUGAUAACAACUAAACACCUCCCAGUCGUCCAGGCUUGGGUUCAGGUCUUCACCAAGUCAGGCGCCGAGCAUCAGCUGUUGAGACGAGCGCUGGAUCUGAAGAGGUCUUUAGAAGCUGCACUACAGAAACAUGAGGAGCUUCACAUUGACUGCAAGACCAGGGUUCGCAAAGUGAUGAAGGCUUCUCCAGAUGGAGAGGAGGAUGAUGAUGACUGUGAUGAUUUUGAUGAGGUUCCUGAAAAAGAAGGUUAUGAGCCGUACAUUCCAGAGCAUCUACGAGCUGAAUAUGGUUUGGAUGCCUCUCCAUCCACCUCAACAGCACCAGUCGAACAAAGAAAGACUCCUAAAAGACCUGCAGCACCUCCCCUUCCAUCUUCUUCCUGUUCCUCUUCCAGGCGGCUGCAGCGACUCGCGGAUGAAGAACAGGAUCCAACUUCUGCUUUCGCCACUCUGCGCCUCCUCAAACAAAAGAUCUCUCUGCCUGUAGAAACCAGCAGUGGGUCCUCGGACCCCAGUUCGUCUCAGCACAGUUCGGACAAGAAGGCUGCUGAAGCCCCUGUGGUUCCUUUUGGUUUGGACCUGUACUACUGGGGCCAGGAACAGCCCAAUGCUGGCAAGAUCAUCAAGUCAGCCUCUCAGCAUCAAUUCUGGGUUCCCACAGAGGUGGAAGAGGAGGUUGAGAACAAAGAGUUGUUGGCAGACAGUAAGAGCAGAUACAUCUCCUUUCCUGGGAGCUUCACCCCUGUCACACAUGUCUGCAGAGCUCCACUGGGCAAUGGAAAGUUGUGUCCAAGACAGGACCGCAUCAAGUGUCCUUUCCAUGGCCGAAUCAUUCCCAGAGACCAGGAAGGUAAACCCUGCAGACAGGAGGACCGACUGAGUGAGGAGCAGGAAGAGAAGAGGAAAAGAACCCAGGAGCCUGAGUGGCGCGAUGCAGAGCUGAUGCGGGAGAUCGAAGCAGCAACAGGAGAGGACCUUGGUUCAGAUCGGGUUGGCAAUAAAAAAAGGCAAGGGAAGAGGAAGAAGUACCCCAACCUCAGUGAUCUAAAGCAGAGCACCAACACGUCCCGCUCUAGGCUGCAGAAAAAAGUCUUCAACAAAAGCAGUAUGAGCAGAGUGGCUGAAGUAUUGAAUAAAGCUGACAAGAGAAAACAUGACAAGUUCUCCAACCAGUUCAACUACGCUCUCAACUGACCUCCAGCCACCAUGACAUGCCUUUCACUAAAGUCAAGAUGACGGAGUGUCGGUUUAUUUCAUUCUGGUCCAUUUACUAUCAGUGUGUCUGGAUUACCAUGGCCUGGACGACGGAAAAGCUUCACAGACAUCAGUAUCUCUGUUGUGACUCAAUGGGUUAGAUGAACUGGGUACUCUACACCUCUGUUGUAGAGAUUCCAGAAAAUAAGGAGUUGCACAAAAUGUUGUGUAUAGCAGGGAAUAACGCUCCCUAGCUCACUGUCCAUCGUUCUGAGAAAAUAGAUGUUUAUGCUUCGAAAGCUUGCUUUCAUCACAGAAAUCAGAUAAACUGAAAUGACGGUUUUGUUAACGGCAUUAAGGAUCCAUCUACAUCUUCAUCCUUACCAGCUGACCUCAUCACCUGCAUAUUCUUUCUUGCACUGCAGUUUGUUUACAUGUGUGAGGCUGACUUUGUGGGGAUAUGACAAAUACAAUAACAAAUAACUCUGUGGAUCAUUAUGCUAUUAUGGCAACAAAGACCGCAAGGACCUAAGACACUAGAGAUCUAGUGAAUUUGGAUGCCAAGUUAACACCUUGUUGUAUUUGUUAUUUUUUUUCAGACCAGCAGUAAAAUAGGCAAGUGGUCAAGUGGUGUUUUUAUUUAACUAUUUUAUCUCAUUGUUAUUAUUGUUGUGUUUGUGUCACUUGGUGGUAAUGGUGGGGCUGUUUUUUGCUAUUUGGAAAAUAAAUGUACAGCAUGUA